AUGAAGUCCAUCUUCUUCAGCCUUUCUCUGCUCCUCCUUCUGGGGAAGCAAGCAGCUGGAAUAGGAACCUAUGGUGGGCCAAAAGGACACUUUCUAGUAAGAACACCCCCAGUUGUAUUUAUCCAAAAAGGCCAUUUCCACUAUGGGCCCAGCGAAGAACAGGAAGCUGCAUCUGAAGAAACGUUUUUUACCCAAACGAAGCAACAUGCAUAUGGCCAAGAUGCUGAUGCUGAAGCGAGGGAGACUCAGAGUUCACAGGAGCAGACAGAUUUAAAUGAAGACAUAGAUUGUGAUGAAGAAGACGAGAUUAGCCAACAAAAAUCCCAACUUCAAUCCCAGUCACAAAUCAAAUCCCAAGCCCAGCUAAGAUCCCAGGAAGGCCAACUAAAGUCCCAAACAGGCCAGCGAAAGACCCUAGGCCAGGUGAUAGCACAAGUCAAGCUGAAAUCCCACAGUGCCCCUCUGAAACCAUACCAGGCACCACUAACUCUCCAAAAAGUCUCUGCUCAGCAAAUCAAGGGCAAAGAAUAUGCCCUGGACGAAGACCUGGCCCGAGUGCGUCAACAAGAUAAAAAGGUUCACAAGCUCAAAAGAAACCUUGGCUGGGCCAGGAAAACAGCAGAGAACUUGCCACAUCUUAGACAGCAUUCCCAAGGCUAUGAUGGGUAUGUUAUGCAGUUUCAAGAGCAACUACAGGGUGGAAUUCAUCACACAAAAUCUUUGCACCAAGCUCAAGGGAUGUGCUACUGUCCAAAAGGAGGGUUAUUCCUACACCAAGAAGUCUUCGCAGAAUAA